AUGAUCAAACCAGGUUUCUUGGAGCUCCCGUCGUCAAAUACUUCAGUAUCUACCGACUUUUGUGUGAAUUACACUGAUAACCUAAACAUCGCGGGUGAACAUCACCAUCAGUCAAUGAUAAACUAUCAUGGUAUCGACCAAAAGCCAUACAUUGACAAAGUGAUCGACAAUCCGUCCCCCUCCUUUCACCCCAAUUCAAAACCUGAAAAUGAUAUCGAUGCACUUUUUCAUUCCAGUAGCGUCGUCAGCGCUACUGAGCGUAUAGGCGAUGUGCCAGACAGCUUUUUAAAUGGUCCCUCUACCUCCGAAAACAAUGUAACUUCACCCUCUGGUCUAGUCACUCCCCCCAUCCUCUCAGGCAAUAAGGAUAAUCAACGAACUCUUCCUGAAAACGUUGGUGCAAUAAUUGCAUCUCGUCUUAAAGUUGAAGACCGGGUCGAUGGAAGCAUGAUUACACCCGAGGUAUCACUAAGUCCCUCCAUCGCAAAUGGUGACAAACAGCCUCCACCUGAAUUUCCUCCUCAAUUCGGUCUUCCACAACUUCCUCCGCCGAUCUCUCCCAAAUGUGACGAUAUGCCCAAAUCCCCCAACUCCCUUCACAAAGAACUUUCAACCCCCACACCCAUCACUUCUCUCCAUCCUCGUAACUCACCAGAAAAGUCUCUAGAUCAUGACACUCCUUCCACUGUCUCUCCUCCCGCCUCCCUUCCAGUUCUCCCACCUCCUGCCACCUUAACGAAACGUGAACCCGAGUCCACCUCUACUUCUCCUGUCUGUGACGAUGCAGAAUACGCAGCUGCAGCAAGAGCUGCUGUUGACAGUGUCGUCUGUGCUCUGGUGGGUAACAAGACACCCUGCACGACUGCUGCCUAUGAUCCUGCCCUCGUAGGCACCGGUACUGAUCGGUUGUACUCGCUGAGCCUUGCGCCUGUUGGGAAAACGGACCCGGUGGUGGUUGCUACAGCUACCAACACCUCUACUACCGUUGCCGUUACUUCUGCUGCUACUUCAGCGGUUUCUGUGUGUUCCCACUCCUCCCUCCUCGCCUCUGCAGCGAGGGCUUCUGCUGAGGGUUUGAUUUCUCUCACCUGCCCCACAUGUAGUUCUAUGGUAUCUGUCAAGCAGUUGAUGGCACGACAGCGCACCCCGGGAGAGGCGAAGCAUGUCUGUGACACCUGUGGCAAGUCCUUUGUGCGAGAGGAUAAGCUGAAGAGACACAUUAUGUCUAUACAUACGAUGGAGAAGCCGCAUGUUUGCCAGAUUUGCACAAAGGCGUUCUCUAGAAAGGACAAACUAAAGGACCACCUCCGUCACCACGACAGGGCAGCACGAACUUUUGAAUGUGCCCAGUGCCUAUCUCCCUUCGUCCAAAAGUCCGACCUUAAUCGACACGUCCGUGGCGUGCAUCAGGGUGAACCCGGCGUCGGCAUCAACAUGACUGUGCGUCGUCGGAUGCCUGCCUCGUCUCCUGCCACUCGGCCAUCGAAAAAGAAGAAACCAUCUUCAGGUGCAACCACAUUGACUUCCACAUCCGCCGUUUCCCAGACCACUACAACAGUCUCAUCGGCGAUUCCCACCCCAGCGUCUGAAGCAGCACUCACGCUAAGGUUGUUCGGUGGUGGCUGUUCGAGUGUCAGCACGACGGCCGCUACAACAGUGACAACAACAACGACACCAGCGGUGCAACCAGUGCAAACUUUACAACAGCAGGUUCAGCAACAGCAGCAAGCAUAUCCUCAACAUCAAUUGUUAGCAGCAGCCAGUAUGGUGCUGCCUUACUAUCCCACACCCGCUGGCCACCACCAGUUCGUGGCCGCUGCACUUUCAGCACAGAAGACUGCGGCCGAGCAGCAGCAACAGCAACUGCAACAACAGCAGCACUCGUUCCAACAGACUCAACAACUUUCAUCGUCGGCGCCCUCGAUGAUGCUGCUUACAAGAAUCGCCGCCCAUGCCUCUAAUCAAGCGGCGCCGGCUCUUGCUGUGGUGCCUCCUACAACUGCUGUUGCAACGUCGACGGCAGCCCAACAGUGUGAGGCCACAUCAGACUCGGCUACAACACAGGUGGAUCAACAGCAAGUUUUGGCUCAACAACAACAGCAGCAGCAGUAUCAACACCCUCAACUCGCUUAUCAUCACUACCACCAGCAUCUUCUUCACCAACAAGCAGCUCAGCUACAAGCCCAUCAUUAUGCAGCUGCCGAUUUAAACUACUACCGACAACAGCAAUUGGCGGCACACCAACGUGUCUAUCAGCAGGCGCAGGGCUUCCUGCUUGCCGCCACUGCAGCGGGCAGUGGUGGCGGCGGAGCAGUGGGUGGAGGGAGCGGAGGAGGCAUCAGUGGUAGCGCUAGUGGUGGUGGGGGCAGCGGCACCGCCUUCUUCUGCCAACCCGCCGCCGCUGUCACUGCUAACGAGAGCGCAGUGAAUGGCACCGGAGUUAUUCUUUCUGCUGCCGCGGCUGCCGCUACUACUGACCCCACCACCGCGCAACAGUUAGCUCAGCUUGCCGCUGCUGCUCAUAUGCAACAGGCAGUUGCUGCUGGAGGUGGAUUGCAAGUUAUGGCCAAUGUGAUAGCAGGUCAACAGCACCACCCAACAGUAGCAGCGCAUCAGCAAACCAUGACUGCGGCUGCUGCUGCACCGCAACAGAUGGGUCAGCAUCAAACAGCCUUCUACGCCGCCUAUCAACAACCCUACCAGACCACAGUGCAACAGCAAACGCUUCAGCAAGCACAGCAACAACAACAAGCGCAACAACAAGCACAACAACAACAGCAACAACAGUACCAACAACAAGCCCAACGCCAAUUGAUGCUCCAACACGCCAACGCCGCCUAUCGUCCCGUUGUUAUGACAGCAGCAGCGGCGGCAGCAGCGACAACGUCCGCGCAGAAGGCGAUAGUGGUGCAAGACACUGCCAGUGGCUACCAACAGCAGUUGGCCGCAUUCUGCCAGCAACAACAGCAGCAAAGACAGGGCUUUGUUCUAGCCUAUCAGCAUCAUCAACAACAAGCUAUGCAACAGGCAGUGGCUGUUGCAACCUCUCUUGAGCAGCAGCGAUAG